UCCAAAGGGUGACCAUUGAUAAUAAACCUAGGGAAAAACAAAAUGUAGAAACAAAACCAAUCACAUUGUCUUUGCCAAUGUAUACAUCUUAUUAUCAUCCCUUCCAUUAGUCUGUCUCUUUCCUUCCCUACCAUCACUAUGGGGAUUACAAUCCAUGCAAAAUCAGACUCAGAGGUAACUAGCAUCGAUGCAUCUUCUCCACCACGAAGGCCACUGUACUACGUUCAGAGUCCAUCGCACUCUCAUCAUGAUCUCGAAAAGAUGUCAUAUGGUUCGAGCCCAUUUGGUUCACCAACACAUCACUAUCAUUGCUCUCCCAUUCAUCACUCCCGGGAGUCAUCCACUUCUAGGUUCUCUGCUUCCUUGAAGAACCCAGUCAGGAACAAUCAACUAGCAGUGUGGAAGAGAAUACCUAGAACUAAUGAUGACUUGCAAGGUGAUGAGGAUGAUGAAGAUAUUGGUGAUGAGCAUGACAAUUCUGAUAAGGGAAAUGUAAAGUUUUAUGUGCUGUGUUUUGUGUUGUCUUUCUUUGUGCUCUUCACCAUCUUCUCCCUCAUUCUUUGGGCUGCUUGUCUUCCUUCCAAACCCAAAAUCUUUGUUAAGAGCAUGGUGUUUGAAAAUUUGAAUGUGCAGGCAGGGAUAGAUGGUACUGGGGUUCAAACAGACAUGUUGAGUUUAAAUUCAACGGUCAGGAUCUAUUAUGGAAAUCCAGCUACUUUUUAUGGGGUGCAUGUUACAGCUACCCCAAUUGAGCUUCAUUAUUACAUGCUUAAAGUUGCCUCUGGUCAAAUGAAAAAGUUCUAUGAGCCAAGGAAGAGUAAGAGGAUAGUGAUGGCUGUUCUUCAAGGCCAUCAAAUUCCAUUGUAUGGCGCGAUACCCGUUCUGAGUGAUGCUAAAGACCGGAUUCAGAGUGUCUCUGUGCCGCUCAACUUAACAUUCCUAAUGAGAUCGAGGGCGUAUAUAUUGGGAAGGCUAGUGAAGCCCAAGUUCUACAUUCACAUCUCUUGCCAAGUAACUCUAAGAGGCAAUCACUUAGGCAAACAUAUCAAUUUGACCACUUCUGGUUCUUGUACUUAUCGAUGAAAAAAAAAAAAUAUUAGUUUGCUUACUUAGCUUGAUUGGUUCUUAGUGAUGCUAAAGACCGGAUUCAGAAAAUUCCUAAUGAGAUCAUGGGCCUACAUAGUGGCAAGGCUGGUGAAGCCCAAGUUCUACAUUUAUGUCUCUUGCCAAGUAUCACUUAGACAAACACAUCGAUUUGACCACUUCUGAUUCUUGUACUUAUCGAUGAGUAACUUCUUUCUCUCUAGCAAUCAAUACGAAAAAAAAAAAAAAUAGCUUUACCGGUUCUUAGUGAUGCUAAAGACUGGAUUGAGAAUGUCUUUGUGCUGCUGAACUUAACAUUCCUAAUGAGAUCAAGGGCCUAUAUUAUCUUA